AUGGCACUACACCGCUCUCCCAUGCUGGACCUUGUGGGUGGUGGGCCUGAGCCUGGCCGGGUUACAUGGGCUGCCAAGCCACCAGGUGCUCGCCGAGGGACACUACCCCCAGGCCUGGUUCCAGGGGUAGGUCCAGGUGACCCUCUCCUGGGCAUGCUUCAGGCUUGUAUUGAGAAUGUGCUCCACUAUCCCACACAGAUGAUCUGCGCAGGACUUGAGGAGCCUGGCACUGAUGCCAUCCGGGCCUGGACACACAGUCUAGCAGGGCAGCAUCGAGCCACUUUUGUUUACAGUCAUGAGUUCAGCUCUGUAUCUGGUCCUGCUUUUCUCAGGAUUCGUCAGUUUCAUGUGGUGAAUCAAGAUAAGAACUGGACCGACGCUCAGAAACACUGCAGAGAGACAUACACUGACCUGGCCACCAUUGAGAGCCAAGAGGAGAUGAACGCUCUGAUAGCUGUUCUCAAUGGAACAGCAAGCGACUUCUGGAUAGGAAUGAACUACAACACUAAUUGGGCGUGGUCAGACGGUAGUGCCAUGUCAUACACUUACUGGAUGUCUGGAGAGCCAAACAACAUUGGGGUUGAAAACUGUGCAAAAUUCAGUAAUCUAUAUGCAUUCAGUUGGAACAACAUACACUGCCAUUUGACACUGCAGUUUAUCUGCUAUAAAAGUCUUCCACUCAUCCUGAUUAAACAGCAGAAGACGUGGAGAGAAGCUCUGAGGUACUGCAGAGAGAAUCAUGUGGAUCUGGUUUCUGUUCACACUGAGAAAAUUCAGAAAUGGGUAGAAACAGCUGUUUAUUAUGCCUCCACUGCUAAUGUGUGGAUGGGUCUGCGUCACACCUGUGCUCAGAGCUUCUGGUUCUGGCUGAGUGGAUCAACCAUCUGCUACCAGAACUGGGCUCUGGGGAACGGGACAGGGUUAGAAGACUGCAGUGGUGGAGAAAUAACAGGAGCGGUGCAGUCUGGGAGUAAGCAGUGGGUCAGUCUGCCAGAGGAUCAGAGACUCAACUUCAUCUGCACCACCUCUGAGGAGUACUAGGAAAAGAUUCCUGCACAGCACAAAGGAAGAUGGAUGUUUUUCUUUUUGGGUUUUCUUUUUGAAGUGGUUCCUGUUUUUCC